AUGGGAAUAUGUGCAUCGAAGAAACAGAAGGAUGAUUUGGCCUUAAAACCAAAGCAUUGGCCAAGCAGUCCAGGCCGUAGGCAUACUGGUAACAGCUUUAAAUAUGGAACUGAUCUUUACAUCAAUUUAAAAAAUGGGUAGAUUGACAAUUACUACAUUUUGGGUGAUGUUCUUGGAGUGGGAGCCUUUGGAUAAGUAAUUAAAGCUACCCACAAACAGAGCGGAUAAAUCAGAGCGUUAAAAACUUUGGCUAAAAAAAAGAUAAUAAAUGAAGAGAAGGAUAAAAUGUUUGCAGAAGUUAACAUACUUCGAAAAUUAGACCAUCCAAAUAUAGUUAAACUUUUUGAACUAUUUGAGGAUGGCUAAAACUAUUAUUUAAUCACUGAACUUAUCUAAGGAGGUGAACUUAUUAAAAAAAUACAGGCACAAAAUACCUUUUCAGAAGCUGAAGCCGCAUUCUAUAUGAGAUAACUUUUAUCAGCCCUGCAAUACUGUCAUAAAGCUAAGAUAGUUCAUCGAGAUUUAAAAUUAGAAAAUCUUAUGCUAAAUGCAGAUUCAGAAAAACCGGUUUUAAAAGUUAUUGAUUUUGGAACCUCCAGGAAGAUCAUCCAAGAAAAAUAUCUUACAUCUAAAUUAGGAACUCCUCAUUACACUGCCCCAGAAGUCUUCAAAUAAUAAUACACUGAAAAAUGCGACAUUUGGUCUUGUGGAGUGAUUCUGUAUACAUUACUGUGUGGGUACCUCCCCUUCAAUGGAAGUGAUGCAAGGGCUACGCAGAUAUUGAUUGAAUAUAACAAAUGGAGUUUCGAUAAAAAUGAUUGGGCUAAUAUAUCCUCAGAAGCCAAAUCAUUUGUCAAGAAACUUAUGACUUACAAUCCAGACAAGAGAAUCUCAGCAGAGGAAGCAUAUUCAGAUCCUUGGCUUCAAGGACAUAUAACUAAGACAAUAGAUUCAAGAGCUUUAACUCGGUUAUAACAAUUUUAUUAAUCUCAUAUUAUAUAGGAAUUAAUUCGACAAUUUAUAACCUUUUAAGUUCUAACCCCUGAAGACAAGGCAAAGAUCUUAGAGAAUUUUCAAUCUUUGGAUAAGGAUGGAGAUGGGAAAAUAAAUAGAGAAGAUUUAAUCUUUGGGUUAAAAGAGUCAAAGUUAGAUGAGACUGAAAUAGAGAAAUAAAUAGAUAGAAUCAUGGAGUAAUGUGAUUUCAAUAAGACUGGAUCUAUAGAAUACAAUGCCUUUCUGAGUAUAAUGAUCAGAUAGGAAUUAUCGGAGAAAACUCACAAAUUGGAGGAAGCCUUUAAGUAAUUUGACAUCGAUAAUGAUGGUCUGAUAAAGAAGUAGAAUUUAGAGGAUGUCUUGGGAGGGAUAAUAAUAGAUGAAACUCAUUGGGAAGAAGUACUAAAAAAAUGUGACUCUGAUUAAUAAGGGAUGAUUAACAAAGAAAACUUUGUUAAACUAAUGUAAUAAUUAUGA